CAAGUUUGUUUGCAAAGUACGCAGGCUCAUAAGCCGUGGGAUCCGUCACAGUUUUCAAGAUGUUGUACGACCUCUGCAUCCCAUGGACCAACGAUACCCAAUCCCUCCAGCGCGUCCUCUCUUUUCUCUCUGAGCUCAAUUACUCCGUCAUAGCCCUGGACCACAGCAUUACCGGCGCGAUCCCUUCAAAGAUUGUCUCGCCAAUCCCUUCUCCCCUCCCGUUCCCCACGCCUCCGAACCUCAAAAUCCUCACCCGCUGCACAAUCACCCUCUCCGACCCUUCGCACAACCACCGCCUCCCCUCCCUCGCCCAAGCCUACGACAUCCUCGCCGUGCGCCCCACAACCGAGAAAGCCUUUCUCGCCGCCUGCCUGACCCUUACCGAUGCCGCGCUCAUCAGCCUCGACCUUACGCAGCGCUUCCCCUUCCACUUCCGCCCGAAGCCGCUGAUGACCGCUGUGAAGCGCGGCGUGAGGAUCGAAUUAUGCUAUAGCCAGGCGCUGCAGGGAGGGAGUGUCGAUAGGAGGAAUGUUAUUAUGAAUGUCCAGAGCAUUGUGCGCGCGACGUCAGGGCGGGGGUUGGUCGUGAGCAGCGAAGCAAAAAGCGUGCUGGGCGUGCGUGCGCCAGCUGAUGUGGGGAAUUUGUUGGCGGUGUGGGGGUUGAGCGGAGAACGAGCGGUGGAGGCGCAGACGAUAAACCCGAGAUCUGUUGUGGUAAAUGAGACGAUUAAGAGGACGGGGUUUCGAGGCGUGGUUGAUGUCGUGGAUGGAGGGCGCAAGCCAGAGAGCGAGAAGGCAAUCAGCAAGGAAGCAGCGAAUGGUCAAGCUAAUGGGAAGAGGAAGAAUGAGCAAGCGGAGGAGGCUGUGCCGGCUAUGAGCAAGAGGAAGGCAAAGAAGUUGAAGCUUGAAGUCUUGAAAGCAAGCAAGGAGGCGACCCCUGGAUCAGCAACACCGCCGUCAAAGGACAGCGUUACCUCGUGAGCAGGGAAUUUAUACAGGCAGCACGAAUUAUAUGACAAGACGCCACCUCUCACAAUUAUAACCAACAUCACGAGUCACAGGGCUUCCAAGAACCGAGUUCUACAUGGACCACGACGUAUCUCGAAAGAAACAAGGUGGUAUCAAUUCAAUCUACUCUACAGCUAGAACCUCAAGUGGGAAAAUACUCAAACACUCAAACACUAAAACGCCACGCCACCAAGAAAAUCUAUCUCCUCCUGAGGUGUCCCAGCGCUAUCGCGCUCGCGAGCGUAUACGUGUUGAUGUCGAUGGGCCCUGGUGGCCCGCCGCCAUUAUCGACCGCUAGAGCACCGGGAACAGGUGGUGCGAUGGUGACGGCAGAGUCAGUGCUUGUUGAGGUGGUUGACUCUGCACUCGCAUCCGUCGUUGCCGUUGGUGACUGCGCGCUUUCUGCUAACACAGCCGCCGCGCUCUCUGUGAUAGAAGGUUGGGCCGCUGUCGUGGCUGCGGCGUCUUGAGUUGCUGUGUCCACAACUGCUGUAUCUGUUGACUGGCUCGCAACGUCUGUAGUAGUCGGGGUAUCGAGGAGAAUCGAUGCAGCUCCUUGGGCUACCUGGGACGGAGCAGUAUCCGAUUGAGCUGCAGCCACUGCAGCAUCGGUGGAAGGUUGUGCCUCCACAGCCGCCACAGAAGUACUCGCCGCAUCGGCUCCCGGCUGGAACGCGAUUCCGGCGUCAGCUUGUGCUACGGCGCCCGUUGAAGCAGCCUGCGAUGCGAAAGUAACUACCGUCUGUAGCGUCGUCACCGGGCUCGCCACUGCGCCGGCAUUUACGACUGGCGCUGCGAUUUGUAUACUUGCCUUUGGGAAAUCCUGGGCGUUACAGAGACAGUGGCAGCUGCCGCACUUGCCGUUGGCAUCGAUGAUUCCCAUGCCGUUGCCGGCACCGGUCGAGACGGGAGAUGGAGCUACUUCGGCGGCAACUAUUGCUGCGGAGGGUUGAGCAACGACGACUGGAGAUGCUGCGGCGAGACCAUCCUAUGAGAAGGUUAGAAUGUAUAAUAGUGAAUGAAGAUGAUAACUUACGGUUGUCGUGCAAACACCUGGCUCAGUGACAGUGACUGUGCUCGGGGGAAGAACAGCGGCGGCCGCUGCGUGUUGGGUAAUUGUGACGGGGUG